AUGGCUGACACUGGAGGCGAAUCCAACAUACCCGCCAUCCCGGGCCAUGAUCCCAAAUCCUCAGCCGAUUACAUCCAGUUCAAGUGCCUCCCGCCCGGGGGGCCGCUGAACAGGUGGUCUACCACCUUGACGAGGGAGCAUGACUUUCCAGGAGCCCAGGCCAUGCUGUACGGCGCUGGUGUUCCCGAUGAAAAGACCAUGAAGAAUGCGCCCCAGGUCGGCAUUGCGAGUGUUUGGUGGGAGGGCAAUCCAUGCAAUACGCAUUUGCUUGAAUUUGGAAAAAUCGUCAAGAAUGCCGUCGAAAGAGAGGGCAUGCUCGGCUGGCAAUUCAACACGGUAGGCGUAUCUGAUGCCAUUACCAUGGGCGGAGACGGCAUGAGAUUCUCUCUUCAAACCAGAGAACUUAUAGCCGACUCCAUCGAGUCCGUGACAUCAGCCCAGCACCACGAUGCCAACAUCUCCAUCCCGGGCUGCGACAAGAACAUGCCCGGCGUAGUCAUGGCCGCAGCUCGCCACAACAGACCGUUCAUCAUGAUAUACGGGGGAACCAUUCGCAAGGGCCACUCCACCCUGCUCGAGCGCAACGUCAACAUCAGCACCUGCUACGAAGCAUCCGGAGCCUAUGCCUACGGCCGCCUGCAGGCCAAGACGGACGCCGGCCAGCCCGGCCGACAGAGUACAGACGUCAUGUCUGAUAUCGAAAAACACGCCUGUCCCGGCGCCGGCGCCUGCGGCGGCAUGUACACGGCCAACACCAUGGCCACUGCCAUUGAAGCCAUGGGCCUCACGCUCCCCGGCUCGUCAUCAUACCCGGCCCUGUCUCCCGAGAAGAGCCGCGAGUGCGAACGAGCGGGCCAAGUCAUCAAGACCACCAUGGAGAAGGACAUUCGCCCCCGUGACCUGCUCACUCGCGCCGCCUUCGAAAACGCCCUUGUGCUCACCAUGAUCCUGGGCGGCUCAACCAACGGCGUGCUGCACUUCCUCGCCAUGGCCAACACGGCCGGCGUCCCUCUCACCAUUGACGACGUUCAACGCGCAAGCGACCGCACUCCGUUCCUGGCCGACCUCGCCCCCAGCGGCAAGUACCUCAUGGAAGACCUCUACCAGGUCGGCGGCACGCCGUCCGUCCUGAAAAUGCUCAUCGCCAAGAAGCUCAUCGACGGGUCCGUCAUGACCGUCACCGGCAGGACCCUCGCCGAGAACGUGUCCGACUGGCCGUCCCUCGACCCCGGCCAGCAAAUCAUCCGGCCCCUCGAAGAUCCCAUCAAAUCCAGCGGCCACAUCCGCAUACUGCGAGGCAACAUGGCCCCCGGGGGGGCCGUCGCCAAAAUCACCGGCAAGGAAGGUCUCUUGUUCACGGGCAAAGCCAGAGUAUACGACUGCGAGCGUGACCUGAACACGGCGCUGUCGAGGGGCGAGAUCAAGCGCCAAGACGGCAACCUGGUCCUCAUUGUGCGCUACGAAGGACCCAAAGGCGGCCCCGGCAUGCCAGAACAACUACGCGCCAGCGCGGCCAUCAUGGGCGCCGGCCUGAACAACGUGGCUCUCGUCACCGACGGCCGGUACAGCGGCGCUUCCCACGGGUUCAUUGUGGGCCACGUCGUCCCCGAAGCCGCCGUCGGAGGACCCAUCGCGCUGGUCAAGGACGGCGACGAAGUCACCAUUGAUGCGGUCAGGAACCGCAUCGACGCAGCAGUGUCGGACGAGGAAAUGGCUCUCAGAAAAGCUUCGUGGAGGGCACCCUCUCCGCGAGUCACGAGGGGCGUGUUGGCGAAAUACGCCAGGCUCGUAGGCGAUGCUAGUCACGGUGCUGUGACGGACGGAUGGUGA